AUGUCAUCAAAACUUUUCGAUUUCAAGGCGAAAAUCAAGAAAAAUGUAACACUAAAGAUCCUGGCGGACUCCCUAGUGAACGACUAUUUUCUGGUUAUUCACAUAGACACUGCUCUUGAUGGAAAUAUUGAUGGGGCCAUUGAAAUCGUUAUAACUCGAAGAAACGGAAGCUUUAUCGAUACAACCUGGUAUAAAUUCAAGUACAACAAGUUUGAUAGUGAUUUUGAUGACUGGAUGAGCGACAAAGCAUACCUUCUUGACAGACGUUUACUACUUAAUGAAGCCUAUAAUGUGGAUUGGGUCCAAGCGAUUAUUCAUCAAACAGAUGUGCUCUACACGAAUUACCUGAAAUUCACGGCAAAUUUGCAGAAGAAAUCAAAUGAAAUCAAGAAGCAACCUUCUGAGCGACAGAAAGAAGCGGUGUUGCUUCAAGAUUUCAUUGCAACCCAUAAUACCUUCCAAAAAUCAACAAAAUUAUCUAAUUACAUUGGAAAGCUUGAGAGCGAACGGAAGAGAUGUUUGACGGAUAUUGAUAAAUUGAACCUUAAAAUUAAAGGGAUUGACGCUCACGUGACUAACUUACGAUCUGAUCUAGAGAAAGAGCGUAAAAGAGACAAGGAGCGAUAUCAAAAUUUGAUGGCUAAGAUUAAAGAAAACGAAGGAGUAAAAGAUGAUCAAAAGGACUCUGAUCAGAACAGAUGCUCAGUUUGCUUCGAAACAUAUGAAAAAGACAAGCGUCAGCGAUCAUGUCUAACUGUAUGUGGUCAUCAAUUUUGCUUUCCUUGUGUUCAAAAAUUAUCUGGUUCCUGUCCGAAGUGCAGAAAAUCUUUCAAGAAGCACGAAGCCAUCAGACUGUUCUGA